AUGGGCAGAUCUCCGAAAUGUCGCUACACGGGAGGACAGACUUGUACUAGCUUUAUUUCUUACAUCAGUUCUAGACAAAUUUCUUCAUAUCUAUCUAUCUAUCUAUCUAUCUAUCUAUCUAUCUAUCUAUCUAUCUAUCUAUCUAUCUCUCUCUCUCUCUCUCUAUAUAUAUAUAUAUAUAUAUAUAUAUAUAUAUAUAUAUUCAUACUUAUUUAUUCAUCCCAGUUUCUUCAUAUCUAUCUAUCUAUCUAUCUAUCUAUCUAUCUAUCUAUCUAUCUAUCUAUCUAUCUAUCUAUCUCUUCAUACCUAUUGAUUUAUCUGUUUCUUAAUAUCUAUCUAUCUAUGUAUCUAUCUAUCCCUCUAUCUCUCUCUCUCUCUCUCUAUAUAUAUAUAUAUAUAUAUAUAUAUAUAUAUAUUAUAUUCAUACUUAUUUAUUCAUUCAUCCCAGUUUCUUCAUAUCUAUCUAUCUAUCUAGCUAUCUCUUCAUACCUAUUGAUUUAUCUGUUUCUUAAUAUCUAUCUAUCUAUCUAUCUAUCUAUCUAUCUAUCUAUCUAUCUAUCUAUCUAUCUCUAUAUAUAUAUAUAUACUUAUUUAUUCAUCCCAGUUUCUUCAUAUCUAUCUAUCUAUACAUAUUUAUUUAUCUCCGAUUCUACAUAUUUAUAUACCUAUCUAUUUAUUUAUUUAUCUCAGUUUCUUCAUAUCUAUCUAUCUAUCUAUCUAUCUAUCUAUCUAUCUAUCUAUCUCCGAUUCUUCAUAUCUAUAUACCUAUCUAGCUAUUUAUUUAUCUCAGUUUCUUCAUAUCUAUCUAUCUAUCUAUCUAUCUAUCUAUCUAUAUCUAUCUAUCUAUCUAUCUAUCGAUAG